GGCAUUUUCCUCUUGUUAUUUGCUGCUUGUUUCUUCUGUCGCGAUUCAAUUGAGCUGCAUACGUCCACUGGCUGGGCAGACCAUCUCGGCCAAUUGAUCCCAGCAUGUGGAUGGCGGCCUUGAUCGGGCGCGCAUCUGACAUCCACUGUAGGGCGGGGGAGGGGAAGCUCGCCCGGUCUGGCGGGGCUCAUCGUGCAACUAACACCGGCGUUGGAUGAUCUGAUCUGUUAUCCACCAGCACGCCAUGUUUAGUCAAAAGAGUGGACAAAAAACAAGGACAGAACGUUUCAAUCCAUCUGCUAACAAUCACUUCUUUCUUCAGCCUCAAUCCCCGAACCCCAGCGCGAAGCAUGGAGGCGAAACCAAGUCAAGAGCAUCACCGACAAGGAUGGCUUUGAGAAGGAGGUUGUCCGCCACGUCGAGACCACCCUGGCGCGUAGCAUGUUUAACUGCGAUGAGACCGCUGCGUACUCGGCCACCAGUCUGGCUUUCCGUGAUCGCCUCAUCACCGAUUGGAACAAGACUCAGCAGCGCCAGACGUUCCGCGACACCAAGCGUGUUUAUUACUUGAGUCUGGAGUUCUUGAUGGGAAGGACUUUGGACAAUGCCAUGCUCAACGUAGGAUUGAAAAAUGUGGCCAAGGACGGUCUCUCUGAGCUUGGGUUUAGAAUUGAGGACAUCAUUAGCCAGGAGCAUGACGCAGGUCUGGGCAACGGUGGCUUAGGUCGACUUGCUGCUUGCUUCCUCGACAGCUUGGCUACUCUCAACUACCCCGCAUGGGGCUACGGUCUUCGCUACAGAUACGGUAUCUUCAAACAGGAAAUCAUCGACGGCUACCAGGUCGAAGUGCCCGACUAUUGGCUGGACUUUAACCCCUGGGAGUUCCCACGUCACGACAUCACGGUCAAUAUCCAAUUCUAUGGCAAGGUCCGUAAGCACACCAGGGAGGACGGUAAGACCGUCAGCGUCUGGGAGGGUGGUGACAUCGUUGAUGCUGUUGCCUACGAUGUGCCUAUUCCUGGCUACGCGACCCCAACAACAAACAACCUGAGGCUCUGGUCUAGCAAGGCGUCUGGAGGCGAGUUUGAUUUCCCUAAAUUCAACAAUGGCGACUACGAAGGCGCAGUCGCAGACCAGCAGCGAGCCGAGUCCAUUAGCGCCGUGCUGUAUCCCAACGACAACUUGGACCAGGGUAAAGAACUGCGACUGAAGCAGCAAUACUUCUGGGUGGCGGCCUCUCUGUAUGAUAUUGUGCGCCGCUUCAAGAAGUCCAAGCGCCCCUGGAAGGAAUUCCCCGACCAAGUCGCUAUCCAACUCAACGACACUCACCCUACUCUUGCCAUUGUCGAGCUGCAGCGUAUUCUGGUUGAUAUUGAGGGCUUGCAAUGGGAUGAAGCAUGGAAUAUUGUUACUGCCACGUUUGGCUACACUAACCAUACUGUGCUCCCGGAAGCCCUCGAGAAGUGGCCUGUGGGAUUGUUUCAGCAUCUCUUGCCCAGACAUCUUCAGAUUAUCUAUGAUAUUAAUCUGUUCUUCCUGCAAAAAGUCGAAAAGGCCUUCCCUAAUGACAGAGAUUUGCUUAGCCGAGUUUCCAUCAUUGAGGAGAGCCAGCCAAAGAUGGUGAGAAUGGCCUUCUUGGCUAUUGUUGGUUCCCACAAGGUCAACGGUGUGGCUGAGCUGCACUCGGACUUGAUCAAGUCGACUAUCUUCAAAGACUUUGUGGAGAUCUACGGCCCGGACAAGUUCACCAACGUAACCAACGGUAUCACCCCCAGACGUUGGCUGCACCAGGCCAACCCCCGCUUGUCUGAGCUGAUUGCCUCCAAGUGCGGUGGUGAUAACUUCCUCAAGGACCUGACUGUUCUCAACAAGCUUGAGGCUUUUGCCAAGGAUAAAGCUUUCCGCAAAGAGUGGGCUGAGAUCAAGUACGCCAACAAGGUCCGCUUGGCCAAGUACAUCCAGAGCACACUUGGUUUAUCAGUCAACCCCGCAGCCUUAUUCGACGUGCAAGUCAAGCGAAUUCACGAAUACAAGCGUCAGCAGCUCAAUAUUUUCGGAGUCAUCCACCGAUACCUGACUCUCAAGGCGCUGAGUCCUGAAGAGAGGAAGAAGCAGCUCCCCCGUGUCACCAUCUUUGGUGGCAAGGCUGCUCCCGGCUAUUGGAUGGCUAAGCAGAUUAUUCACUUGAUCAACGCUGUCGGCGAAGUUGUCAACAAAGAUGCAGACAUUGGCGAUCUCCUCAAAGUUAUUUUCCUCGAAGAUUACAACGUCAGCAAGGCCGAGAUGAUCAUCCCUGCCUCCGAUAUCAGCGAGCACAUUUCCACUGCAGGCACAGAGGCGUCUGGUACAAGCAACAUGAAGUUUGUCCUCAACGGAGGUCUUAUCAUCGGAACAUGCGACGGUGCCAAUAUUGAAAUCACUCGUGAAAUCAGCGACAGCAACAUCUUCUUGUUUGGAAAUCUUGCUGAGGACGUGGAAGACCUGCGCCAUAACCACAACUUUGGCUCUCACACUAUCGACCCCGACUUGGAGAAGGUCUUUGUUGAGAUUGAGAAGGGUACCUUUGGCAUGCCCAAUGACUUUAGUGCCUUGAUUGCUGCCGUCAGAGACCACGGUGACUACUACCUGGUAUCAGAUGACUUCCACAGCUACAUUGAGACACACGCUCUCGUUGACGAGGCCUACAAGAACCAGGAUGAGUGGGUGACCAAGUGCAUCAUGUCCGUAGCCCGAAUGGGCUUCUUCACCAGCGACCGCUGCAUUAACGAGUACGCUGAGGAAAUUUGGAAUAUUGAGCCGCUGGACGUCUCUGAGUAGAAUCUCUAAUGGGCUGGCGAGGACCUGGAAGUGGCAUUUCCUGUUGUAGAAGCCGCCGAGGAAGCUCCUCGAAAUUCGAACAUACAGAAAUCACUUAAUGGGGAGGGAUGGGAAACGGCUCUCUCUUCCUACAUGAUGAACGUCCAAUAUUGAAUUGAAUUAAAAUGAUUUUUCACCUGUACAUUCGGCGGCAUGUGACGAUGCUUGCAAACUGCCAUUUCAUGCA